CUUGUUGAUCUCAAGGUGACACUUGAGGCUGUGCCCCUGUCUCUCACUUACUCCAUUGAGUUCUGAACACGCCUCACCACUGUUUAGAUCAGAAGUCAUGUGACCUCAGCGUUCCACCCACGCUCGGCCCCGCGGCAGACUGCACCUUUUAGCUGGAGGGGAAGCCCACACAGAGUUCACUCCAGAGCCUGUGAUAUCAGACCAGCGUGGCCUCUGGUCCCGGAACAGGAUAGAUCAUUAACCAGCACAAACUGCGAUAGAGGAAUGAAUCAGAGCCAGAGAAGCCAUGGCCACCUUCGCUUCGGGACGGGCCGUGAUUUAUGCCAGUGGAUUUUGGGGGGCCAGAUGGUGAGGUGGCCGACUGCAUUCAGGGGUUUGAGGUAGACGUGGGGUUAAACUUUAUUUGACCUUAGUUUUUCCGGUUUCGUUUGAAAUCAGAUUAAGUGCGUGGGUUGACUGUCAAUGUUUCCUCUGUUGUUUCCUGUUGCGUUCUGCUGAAACACACAGCUUUCAGAGCUGACCUGAUAUCAUUGUUCUCUGUCAGAGAAUUUCCUCGAAGGGUUAUAAUUCAUUUUAGUAUCAUAAGCUUGCUGUGUACUUGAGAUCAUGGAAGAAGAUUCACCAAACUGGAGAGAUCUUGAGGCUGCCACUCCAGUGAAAGUUUUUCUCACAGUGCUCUACAGCGUCAUGUUACUACUGGGCAUUGUCGGCAACAGUGUGACCAUCCAGGCAACAACCCUCCUGAGGCGCAAAGGGUACCUGCAGAAGAACGUGACAAACCACAUGGUUAGCCUGGCGUGUUCGGACCUACUAGUUCUGCUCAUCGGGAUGCCAGUAGAGCUCUACAGUGCCACCUGGUACCCCUUCUCAUCUGCAUCGGGGGAUGCCUCUUGCAAGAUCUACAACUUUUUGUUUGAGACAUGCAGUUACGCCACUCUCCUGAACGUGGCCACGAUGAGCCUUGAGCGCUUUGUGGCCAUUUGCUACCCGUUUCGCUACAAAACUCUUUCGGGGAGGCGCACGACCUACCUCAUCCUCUUCGCGUGGCUGGCCUCGGUGCUGGUGGCCCUGCCGCUGCUCGUCGCCACGGGAACGGAGGGCUUCGUUAGAGAGAGAGGCGGUCAACCCGUUCAAAACCUGACCUUCUGCACCAACCUGUCGGAGCACUGGAUCAUGUACAGAACCAGCAUCUCUGUGGCCUUUGUGGUGUACAUCGUGGUGCUCGCCCUGGUGGCGUUCAUGUGCAGGGGCAUGAUCAAAGCGAUCAGGGUCUCUGCAGGGAACGUGACCCGGAAUGAAAGUGAACAGGUCAAAACUGCCAGGAAGCAGACUAUUAUAUUUCUGGGCUUGAUAGUGGUCUCACUGAUCAUCUGUUGGAUCCCAAACCAGGUCCGACGCCUUAUGACCGCAGUCCACCCGAAGAGCUCAUGGACAUUAGCAUAUUUAAGCAGCUACGUGACUCUCCACCCGGUGGCCGACACCUUCUUCUACCUUAGCUCUGUGAUCAACCCCUUCCUCUACAACUUGUCCUCGAGUCAGUUUCGCAAGACAUUCCUCCAGGUGCUCCUGUGUCGCCGUCCCUUGGAGCACGUGAACCGCAGGGCUCUUUCAAAACCCUGGUCAGCUAAGUCCUCAAUGCAUCCACUUGUGCCAAAGUUAAGGAACCAACAGAAUUCUCCACAGGAUGGAACUCUUAAGAAAGAUCAAACAUCCGCCACAUCACAGGGUGACAGUGGUGUCGGAGCAAGCUCAGCGUACAUUUCAGAUGGAGAGAGUAUCAAAUUGGCCAGUGUAGCCACACAGUUAGAGAACUUGGAAUCUGAAAUUUGAAAUGAUGCGAGCAAAAAUGAGCUUGUCUAAUUCCAGCACACCUCAGAUGUGUGGGCUGAAUUUAUUCUUUUCUGUCUGAUUUUUAAAUGUAUGAUAUUUUGCUAUUCAUUGACCUAGAUUUGAAGGUCUGGUUAAAGUCAUUACAUAGUUUAUAAAAAUUGUGCUUUUCACAAUAUUCUAUUCAUUAACUAUUUAAAGGGGGAUAUUUUUUUAACCAGCUUAGCCUGUUGCCCACUAUGAAGUUGUUGUUAUAUUAAACAUGUGCUUUCAUUUCAAUUGGAUGGUCUCAGUCUUCCACAACUGCUGGACAGACUCGCAGGGACAGGUGAAAUAUUUAUUUCCCUCUCGGUGUAAGGCCACUCUUGUCAGAGGAGGCCGACCUCUGUGUUCUGCUGAGUCAUGACUGUGAAAUGUUGCUGGCAGGGAGAGUGAUAUUGAUUCUGAUACAAAGAGUUUAGUGUCACAGUUCUUACCGUGGGAACCACAGGGUGAGGGCAACAGAGUUAAAGAGUUAAAAUCCCUCACUUCGAGGACCUGCUCUUCAUUAAUCUGAUGAGAGCAAUGCUUGCUAGCAAUGUUAAGUAGAGCUUGUGGUUUGGAGGUUGUGCACACGACACUUCCUUUUGAUGUGAAGUGCAUGAGGAUGUCCACUGCAGUAGAAAUGGAAUUUGUCACGUUUGUUACAUUUACACACAAGGUCUCAACAUAACCUAAGAUUUUAAAACUAAGAUUGUUCACACAAUACCUCCAAGCACUUUUUUGAAGACUAAUUCAUUGUGUUUGUGGAUUUAACAAAUGGAGAGAACACUGCAUAUCAGCAGGCAAGGUAAAUCCUCAUACAUUGUAUAGAAUGGAACACAGUUGACCUGGUACUUUUGUGUGGGAAAUUAUGCUUUUAUGAAAAAAGUAUUUACAAUGGCACAUGAUUAAACUCAACCAUAAAGUUUCCAA